UCCAGGUACCUUUCAGCACUUGCAGUCGGGACCUAGGUACAGGCUAUAGGUAGUAUGUACCUAACCUAAGUACCUUUCCGACCCACCCAAUUCGACGAUUUUCAAGAUCGCAACUUCGCAAAAGACGACUUUUACACUUUUUACCGAAGCUUCAUCGUACCGAUCAAUUGGGGCGCAAUUAUAACGGCGGUUUAUAGACCUCGACAGGUCCUUAGGUAACUACCGCAUAAAACAAACGCACAAAACCCAACAAGAAGGACCGAAAAAUCCACGAUGCAGCCCACCCAAGCGCUCCUCAAGCGCUUCCGCAAGCUGCCGCUCACCACCAAGGACAUCAAGAAGGGCUACUACAAGGGUACGCGAACAGGUAGCAUGGGUCAGCACACCAGGUUCGGAGGGUAUAUCAUCGACUGGAACAAGGUGCGGACGUACGUGGUGCCCGCGGGACUCGACACUUUCAAGUUAACCCCGUUCGUCACGAACAAGAUUCGUCCGACGAGAGGUCGGUACGAGGGCUACAGCAUGGGUCCUAAGAGCCCCGAGUUAUAUCUGGAGAGGUGGAAGGCCGAGAACGGGCUGGAUUGAGAGGGAUCAAGUCAACUUAUCGUUCAAAACAAGUAAACCAAAAAGAAAAAGAGAAAAAAAAAAGAAAUACAGACAGAAUAGAUUGGUUGCUGCCAGAGGCCGACUAGGAGAGCCCAGGUAGUAAAGAGAUGGAUGUGCUUAUGAGCUGAGCUGAGCUUAAGCUGACUUCAAGUCCGUCAGUUGCGGUUACAGUUAUGGGUGUUGAAGACUCCCUCUCCCCUCUCCUCCCUCCCCCUUCCCUAGAAGUCCUCGUCUUCCAGACCCAAACAGUCACAAGCGCUAGCAUGAAGUUCAUGGUACAGGACUACAUAUUAUAUGUAAACCCUGUACUAUACUAUACAAUCACCAUCUAUUCGCCAUCUAUAAAAUAAACAACCAUCGAAAUAUAAA